AAACACUCAGAAACCGCGGCAAACGACUGAAAACAACAGGGCAACAAGGAGGCCGUUUUACUAUCUGUUUAUUUAUCUAUUUUGAAACAAACUUGAUUCGUUCCGUUUACCUAAUCGUUAUCAAGGAAUACUUUAUCCGUUCUUGAUCGACCAUGGAAUCAUCAAUGGAAACCUCUUCAAUGUCCACUGGCGUGUUUGUAUAUAAGAGGAAAAAGUCAAAAACUCGAAGCAGCGGAUCUCCAUAUAAAGGCUCCCCGUAUAAAGGUUCCCCAAAUAAAGCGAGAAGAGCUGUUCACGUAGAAAUGACAGGCUAUCCUAGUGAACCCUGGUACCCAGCUUACAAAAGUGUUCUAACCUCUCUGGAAGAUGAAGUUGAAAAAAUGUACAGUCAGAUGUUUGCUCAGCUUUUAGAAAAUGUAUCUUCGUUCUUUGAAAGCAAAUCAAGUGCUAAAAACGCAAAUGAAAUCCCAACAGCGUGUAUUUUGACUGGUAUCAACCUCCCUGAUCAUUCCAUAAUUUACAAUGCUUUGGAAAAGAGAUUGGUGUCUGAUGUUACUCCGCAUGUGGUGCUCCUUUCGUCGCGAACAUGCUCCACCACCAGGCAUUUGCUAGGCCAAAUUUUGAAUAAAUGCCAGUUUGGAGAGUUUGAAAUGGACGUAGAAUCUGCGGAUGACUCUGAUUGUGAAUUCGCUGGUAAUCAAUCCAGAAAACGGGCCAUCAAAUGUACUUUCGCUGACGUCGUUGACUGGUACAAUAACCAGGGCUCUGAAAAGCCCAUCAUAGUUGUCUUGACUGAUUUUGAAGCUUUUGCGUCCAAUGUACUGGGAGAUUUCAUCUACCUAGCUAGUGAGCAUAGAAAAGUUUUACCGAUGGCUCUUGUUUUUGGAGUUGCUACAACAGAGACAGCUGUCCACGAUUCAUUACCUCAUAGAAUCAUGUCCAGAUUGGCCAUGGAAACGUUUGCCACUAAAAACUCCAAGGAAUUUCUCAAUCAUCUCAUUAAUGAGGUGAUUUUAACACCCAAGUGUCUCUUUCGACUUGGUGGAGACGUGUUUAGAAUGCUCACUGAUAUCUUCCUGUUCUAUGACUUUUCAAUUCAGAGUUUCUUGCAAAAAUUUAAGUUUUGCUUGCUCACUCACUUUGCUGACAAAGGAAUUUUUGCACUCUACUCCAAAGAAGACUUGACAAUUGAAAUUAUGAAAAGUAAAGAACUUGCUAAGUCCAUUGUGCCCAAGCUUAAGUCGUAUCGCAAAUUUGUCGAAAAGCACCAAGGCGAGGAGAAACUGAAUUUGCUGACCAAUGACGAACAUAUCAAAGAUACUCUGAUUUGUCUUGCCACUGGUUUGCUCGAGCACUUCAAUUACUUCCUUGUUGGACUAAAGUGUUUGUUAGAGAUGACGGCAUUUCUGCCCCAACAGCCACUUGGACGUCAGCUAAGUGACAUGUACUUUGAGGCUGUGUCCCAAAAAGUGUGGCUUAAACCUGAAUAUAUUAAAUGUGUCAGUUUGUGGAAACACCUGUCAGGGGUGGAGAUGGAAGAAAAAGUUGACAAACUUCUUGAGAUCCUUGAAGAGUCGUUGGGCGACCUUCCUGAUUUGGAAGAGUGGAUCACAAAAAUUACUGCUGCUAACGAAAAACUGAAAAAGAUCUUCUCAGGACAAAAAAGUGCCUCCUGUUCUCCUAAAAAGCAGAAUAAACCAACAGAGCUGUCCGGACUCAGUCGAAUUCAGCUGCAGCAACAACUGAAAGAGCUUUCAAAGUCGUCGCCCUCUCAAAAUAAAUUUGAACUGGCCAGAGAUGAGGUCAUAAAAUCGAUUGAGCAAAUGCUCAAAACAUUAUUGGUGCCACCUAAAGAGCUGCCAUUGCAUGAGCUGCUGCUGUUCGACAACCUAGAUCUGGCCAAAAAGGAACUGAUGGGAAAUUCUAGACUUGCACUGAAUAAAGCUCUUUUCAAUCCUCACCACUACCUAAAAUGCAAAUGUUGCGAGCAGAAGUAUGAAGAAGGAAUCAGCACCUCGUACCCAGACGUUUGCAUUUCUUAUCACUUGCAUUUGGAGUUCAUGAAGCACAUCAACCUUUAUGAUUGGCUUCAGUCUUUCAAUUUAAUUGUUGAACGAGGGGGCAAACAUGAUGAUGAUGAAGAAGAAGAUUGCAAAAUAAGCACAAAAACGCAGGCUCGUUUUACACAAUCCAUUGCAGACUUGCAGUUCCUGGGCUUCAUAAAACCAACGGCAAGAAAGGCAGAUCAUGUCCUCCGUCUAACUUGGGGCAACAACUGCGCCUGAUUCUUGCCUGGCCGUAAGUGCACUUUGAUGUAAUUUAUCAAUUUUUUAUUAUGAAAAUUAAAGUAUAUUAAACGCGUAUUUAUUCCGUCAUGAAACUUGUUGGCUUCAUUACUGCCUCCGCAAUUAAAAUUCCUCCAAUGUUAAUGUGCUGGAAGCGCUUUUGGAUAUAAUUCUCUUUAAUGCAUUGUGUUGUGUCGGUUAUUAAGGCAAUUAUAAAUGGUCAGGAGAGAGUCCGCAGCGUAACACAAACACAGAAAUCGGCACUCUCAAAUUUACUUUUGAUAAAUGUCUAUUUUUCUCCGAUUCCUGUUCCUAUUGUGAUUAUUCAUCGCCAAGAGAAGUAGAUUUAGGGCGCUAUUACAGAAAUGAGAAAAACUUGCGGUUUUUAUCAUUAAAUCGCUUUCGAAAGGCAACUGGAACAGGAAUCUAAUCAUAAGACGACAAUCGCAGAAGGAUAAAUAAUGUAAAAUCAAGCGUUUUGAUGCGCAUUUAGAUCAAUCUUUAUAGGUAAUUUUCAUCUACCUUUUGAGCAACUGCGAAGCCACCAUCAAAUUAUUUCAAUCAGUAAUUGCACAUUUUCUAUCGCCGCGCAUCAUUAUUAUUUUUUUGUUACAUAAACUGUGCUCACCAAGU